AUGAAGACCCAAUUGCUGCUCGGUGCCCUGCUGCCUCUCGUCUCUGCUCACUUCAACCUCGUCUACCCUGUUGCCAGAGGUUUCGAUGAGGAUCAACUCGGCCAGUUCCCCUGCGGCUCGCAGAACACGGUCAGCUCGAACCGCACUCAGUUCCCCAUCACUGGUGCACCCAUCCAACUCCUCAUGGGUCACACCUCGGCCAAGGUUGAAGUCUUCAUGGCUCUCGGCAACGACCCUGGUAGCAACUUCAACAUCACUCUGUUGCCCACCUUCCAGGAAAGAGGCCCUCAGAACUUCUGUAUUGGUGCUGGCGCCCUGCAGUUCCCCGCUGGCCUGAACAUUACCGACGGCAUGAAUGCUACCAUCCAGGUCGUUACCAAUGGCGAUCCCUCCGGUGGUCUCUACAACUGUGCCGACAUCACAUUCACCUCCACCCAGCUGUCCACCGCAGACUACAGCUCGCACUGCCAAAACAGCACUGGUGUCAGUGUCGCAGCUCUGUCCAACGCUGGAUUCGCAAACGGCACGUCUUCUGAUGCCACUGCUUCAACUAGCGCUGCACCUUCUGGCUCUACUUCAGCCGCCGCCGCCACCGGCUCUGGUACUUCCACCGGCGCUGCUUCCCAGGCUACCUUUGCUGGCUUCGCUCUCGGCGCCAUGGGUGUCUUGGCUGGCAUGGCCGCUCUGUAA